AUGGAUGCGUCAGUUCGUCAGCAGCCCCGGCGUGCCGCCCGGGAUAAACAUGGACUGAGUAACCUACCACUAAAGAGCCUCAAACAAGAACAUAUGUCGGGUCCAAGGUCGCCGAAGAAAUCACCCAGAACUGAAUCGAGGUACCGUAGGAAGAAGGGAGCUAUUUCCUAUGCGAAAGCAAGAGCAUUGGCGACAAAGGCUCUCGAGAAGAAGGUAUCGUCAAUGGAUCAGGAAUCUGCAUGGCUGGAACAGAGUGGACUUCUUGGUGCCUUACCGCCAAAGUCCCCUGGUAUUCAAAGCCUACCAUCCCCUAAAUUACUCAAAGCCAAGCGAGGCCGUGGUAGGAAGAAGAAGUCGGAAGAAGACAUGUACAUGGACGACUUCCUGCUUUCCGACGAGGAAACUGGACAUCCCGGCGGCCUUCGGAGAGCGGAACGCUGGAUCCCUGAAAUGGAACACCGACGGCGGCCAGGCCAGAAGCCUAGAAAUAUUCCCUCUCAGUUAUGGAUGUCGUACUGCCUCAUGGACGACUACAUAUAUAGACAAUCUCUGACCGACGAGGAGGUCCUGGCGCAUCCCCUUAUGGACGACGUUUUGGAGUAUCAACAAGGCGGUAGCAGCGCUAAGGUAGUUCCACCGCCUGGCUUUCAAUGGAACGAAAAAAGGAGAUUGGUACCUAUUCUAGAAAAUUGA